UAGUAAGAAGACUUCUGUUGUACUCAUAAAGGAAUCCUUUCUGGUCAGUGCUUAUUUGUUUAGAAGGUGCAGGAUUCACUUUGUCUGAUGAAGAUGUAAGCCCAAAAGCGCAUAAGUCAAGUAAAGCUUUGCACAAAAAUGACCUGAAGUGUGUGGAUGUUUGUUUUAGUACAGAAGCUCCUGCUUGUUAAAAACUACUGUGCUUCUAUUUGUCUAUCUGCCAGGUUUGUUUUGUGUGUUGAUGUAGAACUUAGGCGGGUCAUGCCACACAUACAUACCAAUCAACAUGCUAUACCAUAAUGCAUGCAUUUUUAAAAGACACUAUGAAUCUUUGCAACAUAGACUGUGUGCCAGACUUGUAAGCAAGCACUAGAUAUGUCACUGAACCACAUCACAAAGGUUAGUGCAUUUCUUUAUACAGGUGAUGCUAAUGAAAAUUGUGUUAAAAAUGGUAUGGUGCACUUCUGUGUUUACAACAGAUGGGUCGUCGCAAUAAAAAGUCUCAGGCUGCGAAACGGCGCUAUGUUCCACUAGACUUGGAUGCAGAAGGACAGCGACUGCCAAAGGUCCAGAAGUCUUUUGCAGACGUUGUGAAACCUGUUGAGAGACCACAGUCCACAGAUGAUGUUGAAAGCAGACAGCGGUUUUCAGAGGCCCCGUUGUCUGCUGAAGUUUUGCAGACCUCUGAAACGGUGGCGCUGCCGACUCAGCCUGCAUCUUUGUCCCUCUGUGACACCUCUAUCUCACCUGACAUAACUGAUUUUUCUAUCUUUCCUAUCCUUCACAACAACAAAGCAAGCAAAAGCACUUUGCAUUCUCGUUCAAACAAACACAGUGAUUCUGUCAACAAGUCUGUGCUCUCAAACAAACUCAGUCAACCUCUAAACAAUCCUCAAACAACUAUGCACGUUACUGACAACUAUGUGAAAGCUCUACAUUCUUCCUUUAUUCAGUCUGUUGACCUUGCAGAUACCGAUAAUCACGUCGUAACAGGAUCCUUUCAUCAAGGUGAUGCUCAAUUUGGCGAUGCAGCUGAAAGACAAUGUGGACCAACCAGCCUGGUUGCAGCUUUGAAAUGUAAAAUAAAGAAUGUGUUGACAUGGGAUUGUGCUGAUGUAAACGAUGUUGUUGUACAUGGAACUUCACUGUAUAACUGUCUGAAAAAUGCCAACAAAAUUAAAGAUAUAAAUCAACGUCGGUCCUACCUGUCUGUGACUGAAUUGCCUAAUAAUCACCAUGUGUGGAAUACAGAGUUUUCAGUAAGAUACGGUGAAUCUUUUACCGGUGCUAUUGACCUUGAGAAUGAUAAUGGUUUGUCUGACCUGAUCAUGCCACUUGAUGUAGCUUUGCAACGGACUCUACUGGACAAUGAUGCAGGUGUGGUAACCAUUCGUACUAGUACAUUUGCUGUUGUAAAGCAGGGGUCUUGGUUUGCAUUUUUCGACUCUCAUGGAAGAAAGGUAAACAAGCAAGGACGGCUGGCAAGUUCUGUUUCGUUUUUUAGUUCUAUAGACAGCCUUUACAGCUAUGUGGUUGAACUAGGACGAUCAUUCAAACGUUCACUACCAGAUGAUGACAAUGAAGUUCUCUUUGAAGUGACUGGUGUUGAUGUUACGACGAUUCCACAUGACGACGUCGCCAAUGACAUUGAAGGUGUUGCAAACUGUUCAUAUGAAUGUAGCACAGCUAACUUGAAUUCCAUUCCUAGUGAGGUUUUUAAAAAUGAAACAAAAUCUACAAGGGCAGAACAAGAAGUGAUUGAUAAAGGCCUACAAGUUGAUGCUGACGAUGUAAUGAUUGCAAACAUAUCUGACAGAUCUGGGUCAACCAAAAAUGUAGGCCUAGGCCUAAAUGUUAAAACUGAGUAUGAGAACACAAACAAGCGAAAGUAUGAUGCAAUGAGUGUCCCUGAUAAAGGCCUACCUGUAUUCGUGACAAAGGCAGAACUAGAUGUGAUUGCUUUACCAAUUGAUGAUGAUGUUAUUAUUGCAAAUAUACCUAGCAUACCAGAAAAGCCACAUGAGGAUUUAAAUGUUAAACCUCAGUACAAGAACACAAACAAACGCAAGUCUGCAACAGUGAUGGCCCCUGACGAAGUAUUCAUAACGAGUGUGACCAAUGAACAACGAUCGUUUACCCCUUUAACUAGGCAAGAUCAGGACACUUUAUGUACACUUUUGGAAUUACCUAAAACUCUGUGCAAUCCCAUACCAUCCAGAAUUGUUCAGGUCAGUGAUAUUGGGUCUCCGUGUAAAAUGAGAAAUAUUAAACCAGACGGUAAUUGCUUCUAUCGUAGCCUUGCAUUCAGCAUUUGUGGGGAUGAGGAAAGACAUUUGAAAAUCAGAAGGGCUGCUGUGAAACACCUACAACACAACAGUUUACACUUUGAAAAGUAUUUGAGAGAUCAGUACACUUCUGUUGGAGAUUAUGUGGAACAAUCUAGAAUUUUUUAUUCAGGUUCAUGGGCUACAGAAAUUGACAUCUUUGCUGCUGCCAGCUUCUUACAAUGUGAAAUAAUGACCUACAAUAAUGACAGAUGGAAUUCUCAUGCUUUUUCAAAGUCAUUGUCAAAUAGGCCUAUAGGCAUACAUGGUCGCAUCUAUUUGGUAAAUCAGUCAGGAAACCAUUAUGACGCUGUGUUGUGCGUGAAAAACAAGCAAAACAGAAUGUGUGUUGGAAUGUGUUGUCAGCGUGAGGUGCGCACUCGGCCGCAGCGAAAGCGAAAGUUGAACCAAUCAGAAAAAGAUGCAGAGAGAAAGCGGAUGCGGUAUCAAAGUGAUAACAGCUACAGAAAAACAAAACUGGCAAAAGAUCAGGAAAAGUACCAUAAAGACGAAGGUAUGAAACAGAAAAAGCGUCAACAUUCUCGUGACAACUUUUUAAAGAAAUAUCAGACAAACCCAGAGUUUCGUGAGCGUGUAUUUCUCAGCUGUCAAAACAGAAACGAAACCAUCCAGACUUCAAAAGCAGCAUAUUUUCAAAGAAAAUACAAAAAUGACACAACAUUUAGAAAUGUUCAACGUCAGGCCUCAAAAAUAAGAUAUCACAUGAACCAAAUAUUUCAAAAUGCCAUGCGAAAUUAUAGCCGAGUUAAGUAUCAGACCAAUAAAAAGUUUAACACUGCUGUGCGAAAUUAUAGCCACGUUAAGUAUCAGACCAAUAAAAAGUUUAACACUGCUGUCCGUGAUUACAGUAAACACAAAUACAAGUCAAGCCUAAUUUUCCAAAAUAAAAUUAAACAAUACAACAAAACAAAGUACCAGGAAAAUGAAAAAAUACGCUUAUCUAAAAUCAACACAAGUAUCAAUAAACACAAAAAUUCAAAGCAAAAACAAAGAGACAUUGAUUGUGCAAUUGAUAAUUUUCGAAAAAAUGUAAGCCGUGGACCAGAGCAUGUCUGUUCUUGUUGUCACAGAUUGCUUUUUAGAAGGCAAGUCAUUGAAUGUAAACCCCAAAACUAUGCAAACAAACGACCUGAGGUUGCUAAGAUGGCUAAAAGAUGCAUAACAACACAAUAUUUGCAUGUUUGUGACUGUGACUGUCAGACUGAAUGCUACUUGGCUGAAAGCCCUGCAACAAAAUUGUGGAUCUGUCACACUUGUCAUCAGAAAAUUCUUUCAGGCACACUUCCACAAGAAAGCGUUACCAACAACUUAGAGUUACAUGAAAUUCCUCCAGAGCUGAAAUGUUUGAAUUCUUUAGAACAGCAUCUAAUAGCCAAAAACAUAUGCUUUAUGAAGUUGCUGUGUUUACCAAGAGGGCGUCAACGAGGUUGUCAUGGACCCUGUGUUUGUGUUCCUAUAAAUUCUCAAACCGUGACAAACGUUCUACCAAGAGAUGAAAGUGAUGAUAAGAUGAUCAGAAUAAAAUUAAAAAGAAAAAUAAGCUACAAAAAUUUUUAUGAAUUCCAAUUUGUACACACAGAAAGAGUCAGAAAUGCGUUGAGAUAUUUAAUAAAGAACAACUUUUGGUAUGAUGAUGUCAUUUUGAAUGAUCAGUGGUUGAACUCAUUGGAUGGUACUGACCAUGAAAACGAUGAAACAGAUGAUAAAGACAAUGUCGAAAACAGUGAUGAUGAGGAGCAUGACAAUGAGGAAAACGAGGAAGAAUUGACCUACAUUAAAGAUCAGUCGGGACUAGUUUCAGACACAUCCUUACAACCGAUUGACAUUGGAUCUGAAAUAGUUGAUCAGCAUUUUCAAGACAUACUAAGUAUGGCACCUGCUGAAGGCAACAGUCCAGUUAGUUUACUAUCAGAUAAAACCAACGAAAGCAAGUGUUUUCCUGUCUUGUAUCCUCUAGGCGGGCCUACGUUUCAUUCUGAAAGAGAAUCGAAAAUAACUCUUUCAAGGUACUUGAAUACACGUUUACUGAAUGCUGAUGGACGGUUUGCACGGAACACUGAUUUUCUUUUUUACGCUCAAUACAUUUCAGAAGUAAAUCAAGUGCAAAAUAGCAUUUCAAUUGCAUUACGCAAAGGCUCGCAGAAAGACGUGUCACCAGAGACCUUGCUGAACUCUGACUCACUCAAAACAUUGUUGCAUAACAAUGAGGGCUACAAAUUUUUGCGUGGCAUUCGUGGAACACCCCCAUAUUGGAUGUCUGUGCAGAAAGAUUUAUUUGCGAUGAUAAGACAGCUGUCUAUACCAACAUUUUUUGCGUCAUUUAGUUCCGCAGAUUUAAGAUGGCCUGAUUUUUUGUCCAGUCUGCAAAGGGCUGAGGGAAAGGAAGCAAAUGUUGCAGAUCUUGAUUGGUCAGACAAAACCAAGUUGGUCCGUUCAAACCCUGUUACAACAGCACGCCUCUUUGAUGAACGUUGGCACUCUUUUUUGAAAGAUGUAAUCCUGUCACCAGCUGAACCAAUAGGUAAAAUAAUCGACCAUUUCUAUCGCGUCGAAUUUCAACAGCGCGGGAGUCCUCAUAUACACGCUUUAUUCUGGGUGGCAAACGCACCGAAAAUUGACACACACAGUGACGCUGAAGUGACAGCUUUCAUUGACAAAUAUAUCACAUGUCAACUUCCAACAGACAAAGACUCUGAGCUUUAUGAAACCGUUAACAGUGUACAGAAACACAGCACCAGGCAUUCCAAGACGUGUCGCAAAAAGAACACUGUGUGUAGGUUUCACUUUCCACGGCCCCCCUCACAAAAAACGUUCAUUACAAGAAGUGUAAGUUCAGAGGAUGCUGAUGAAACUAAACGUGCUAGUGAUAUCAUCAACACAGUCAGAGCUGCAUUAACUUCACCAGAUUUUGAUUUCAAAUCAACAGCUGCAUUUUUUCAAUCUCUGGGAAUUGAGCAAAGUGUAUUUGAAUGGGCAUACAAUAUGUGGACCACAAAGAAAAGCAUUGUAAUGAAACGAAAUCCUUCAGACAUUUGGGUGAACCAAUACAAUAAACACUUACUUCGAGCUUGGCAAGGCAACAUGGAUAUUCAGUUUGUCACAGAUGCACAUUCUGCUGCUGUAUACAUACUAUCAUAUGUCACAAAAGGAGAGAUGGAACCAGGUUUGCUCUUACAACGUACUCAAAUGGAAGCGUUAAAUGGCAAUGUGGAUGCAAAAGCAGCAUUUCGGCAGCUUGGAAGUGUUUAUCUCCACAACAGAGAAGUGUCAGCUCAAGAGGCAGUGUAUCGCUUAACACAAAUGCACUUGAAAGAAUGCUCUCGUGAUGUACAAUUCAUUCCUGUUGGUGAAAAUCCCAUGAGGAUGAGUUUACCCUUGCAUAUGCUACAAGCCCAAGCUCAGCAGACGACUGAAAAUAAUGAAAACAUUUGGAUGACCAAUAUCGUUGAACGUUAUACCAACAGGCCUCAGUCAGAGGAAAUGAAAACUUUAUGCCUGGCAACUUUUUGUAGUGAAUACAGAGUGCUUUCAAAAUCUGAGGUUUCCAAAAACAAAGAGUCACAGACAAUAAUUGAGUUAAACAACAACUUUGGAUUUCUGAAAAAACGAACCCGAUCACAACCUGCUGUUGUAAGAUAUCCACGAUUUUCUCCAACAAAAGAUCCAGAAAAAUAUUAUCAUUCAUUGUUACAAUUGUUUUUGCCACACUAUGAAACCCUUCACCUCAAGCCACCUCCUUUCGAAACAUAUGAACAUUUUUACAACAAUGGUGCAGUUAAAUGUGGUACUGAUGUUCAAACUGUCAAGUCAAUUGUGGAUGACAACAAAGCUCUGUUUGAAAAAGACAGUGAUGAGCUUGACAAAGCUGAACAAUUGUUGCAAACUGACAUUGAUCUCACAGAUGCGUGGGCUAUUUUAGCUCCAGAAGCGGAAGAUGAAAGGCUGCAUUGUUUGCAACUUAUGAAAGACAAAGUUGUUGAAGAUGAAAAUGACGAUGACAUAGCAACUAAUAUCCCUGAUUUGAGGGCAAACCCACAAACUGUGUACUCCUUGGAAACUAAUAAUGUGACAAUGCCAAGGCAAGAUGCAUUGGAUUUAUUACGAUCAUUAAAUGAGGAACAGUCUGCAGUCUUUUACGCAGUUCGCCAAUGGUGUUUGCAGAAACGUUUUGGAAAAAAUCCUGAACCAUUACGCUUGUUCCUUACUGGUGGUGCUGGUGUUGGCAAAAGUCAUUUGAUAAAAGCCAUACAUUAUGAAAGUACGAGGUUGUUACAAGAUGAUGAACAUCCAGAUGAGCUACCUGUCAUUUUAACAGCGCCUACAGGAGUAGCGGCUUACAAUAUUCGUGCAUCAACAAUACACAAUACCUUUUCAAUUAAUGCAAAUGCAACUCUGCCUUAUCAACCCCUUGGUGAUGAAAAAGUGAACUGUUUACGCAACAAAAUGAGGAAUUUGCAAAUUUUGAUCAUUGAUGAGAUCUCAAUGGUGGAUCACAAGCUUUUAUCUUACAUCAGCGGAAGAUUAAGACAGAUAAAACAGACAAAAGAUUACUCAUUGUUCGGAAAAAUUUCAGUUAUUUGUGUUGGAGAUUUUUACCAACUCAAACCUGUAAAAGGGACACCACUCUAUGCUGACAACAGAGGAGUUAAUCUGUGGGAAAACAAUUUUGAAAUUGUUGAACUGACCACUGUUGUUAGACAACAAAAUGCUACGUUUGCAGAGACACUGAAUCGCCUCAGAGUGCGUAAAAAAACACAAGCUCUCAAUAGUCGUGAUGUGCGCACAUUGAAACAACGUGAAAUUGAAGAUGACCAUUCGAUCUUGCAUAUAUAUGCAACAAAUGCAGAAGUGCAAGAAUAUAAUGUCAAAAAAUUGAAUGACACAUGUCCAGAUGUAAUCCAGAUAUUGGCCCAAGAUUUUCAGCGAAAUCCUAAAACCGGAAGAAUGGAAAAGAUGACUGGCUUUCACACCAAAGUUUUUAAUUCGUGUUUGCCUAAAUGUGUCCAAGUUGGUAUCGGAGCGCGUAUUUUGCUCUUGAAGAACUUAAAUGUGCAAGACGGGCUAACAAACGGAGCAGCAGGAGUGAUAGUAAAUAUUAUAGACGGUGAUGAUGAUAACGAUCUUCCAAAAGCCAUUUAUGUUGAAUUUGAUGACCCUAACGUUGGAAGGAUUCAGCGAACUCAAUCAAACAGACAAUCUGAACGUUCAACUGAAUUGCAAGUACAAGAAGACCAAAUUAGUAACAAUGGUGGAGUGCGAAGACAAUAUCCUAUUGGUUUGGCAUGGGCUGUGACUGUUCACAAGUGUCAGGGCCUUACAGUUGAACGGGCAUUUGUAUCUUUACGCAAGAUAUUUGCAGCUGGUCAGGCAUACGUUGCCUUAAGUCGUGUGAAAAAUCUCGAAGGACUGAUCAUUGACGAACUCAAAGACUCUGCUAUAUAUUGUGAUGAGAAGGUUCAAGCAGCCAUGGAAAACAUGCCAAAAUUCAACUGUGGAAAAUCAAUCUCUAAUGAUGAAAACACUGGAUGUCGAAUUGCACUACAUAAUGUUCAAAGUCUUAAAGCCCACAUUAAGGACAUUGAAGCUCAUGGAACAUUGAUGAAAGCUGAUUGCAUUUGUUUAACGGAGACAUGGCUAAAUGCAGACUCCCAAGACAUACCACAACUUCCAGGAUUUACCUUCCAACACAAUCCAAGAAUAAACUGCUAUGGUGAGUCUGAAGCUGUUUUUGCACAGUUGAAACAAAAGAAAGGAGGUGGAGUUGGCAUCUAUUGUGGUGACAAACUUGAUGUGCAGGUAUCACUUCCACAAAGAGGUAAUUUGGAGUGUCUAUAUUUUGAAAUACCACAUGUAAAUGUCAUUGCUGCUGUUUUAUACAGGCCUAGGUCUUAUGCCAUCGGUGUUUUUAGACAGCAGCUGCUGCAGGUCAUACAUGAAGUUGAAAAAUACCCUGGGAAAAAGCUAAUCAUGGGCGACCUUAAUGAAGAUAUCUUUGUAUCAUCUACGAUAGCAAACUUACUUGAUCAAUAUGGAUACAAACAAUGCGUGGAAACAUUCACUUCGGAAAAAAAUACCUUAAUAGAUCAUGUUUACUUUAAAGGUGCAGAAAACAUUAUUGUUGAGGUUGUACCAACUUACUUUAGUUUUCAUGAAGCGAUUCUCAUUUCCCUCCAGUAGUUUUUACUGAAUUACUUAAGUUUUCAUGAAGUGAUUCUCUUACACCAAUAACUCCUUUUUGCAAUGAAAGAGGGCAAACAAAAACUGCUCAUUGAUAGGUUCACAUGAUGAUACAGUGCUAUACAGCAGCCUAUUACGUUGGCAUAUUUCCAUAAAAAUUCUAGAAUCAUAAUACUCGUAAAAUCUCUGAUUACACAGUCACGUAUGUGGGUA